AUGGCAUCUGCAACACCUGCGAGGCGCGUCUUGGGCGACCUCAAUGCGAACACGCCCCUCAAAAGCCGAGCAGGCGGCUCGUCGCAAUCUGGGUCAGCAAAGGCUUCCAACAGUCCUACGAAGCCGCGUAUUAUGGGAGAGACAUCGAUAUCAUCAUCACAUACUCAAACUACGAUGCUCGAAGCGACUGGUGAAGAAGCUCAGGUAUUGGGCAUUAAGAGGAGCCGUGACGAUGCGAAUGAUGAGGAUGAAAGCUCAGCACCCCUCGUGGGCACAGGGGGAAGGGCCGUAUCCAAGAGGCAUAAGGUAUCCCAUAGCUCAAACCUUGGUACUCCAGCACAUACAUCGGUGGACAUUCUCUGCGGUGCUGUUCGAGGAGUUCCUCAAUGGUCUCCAGUCGCCGGUCAGGAAGAAGUUGUGGGACGUUAUGAGGAUGAUCUAUCGGGACCACCCUCUCCUGAGAGCGUGGCGUCACCUGCCUCUUCCUUUAGAAGUCAGGAUAACGAAAUGAACGAUUCGCAGAACACCACCAUCACCAUCCCCGACGACGACCUUCUCCCUCCCCGUGCCUUACCCCUUAGCCACGAACAACUCCGUCAGAAAGCCAAAGAAAUUAAGCUCCGCCUCAGGCUCGCCAGCUAUAAAGUCCGCACAAAUCAAAUCGACAUCCCCAUCUCGCGUCUCGAAGUACGCUCUUCAGGCGCGUCAAUUUCAACAACAUCCAAAGCCCCAUCAUCUGCUAUCACCCAACCAACAAAACCUUCCUCCCAAAGCCAACCAGUAUCUCGACCCUCCACCGCACCCACCGUUCCAGAUAUCAGCCUCCAAACACCAUCUGCCGAAAACAAGCGUCCAAAAGCCGUUGCUAUUCCAUCCUCGCCGCCUGCACAUCACUCAACACAAAACCCUCCCGACAAACAGACAUCCUCGAAGAACGCACCCGCUAGCGUUACACGUGAAUUUAUUGCCACUCCUGUAAUCCCGCGACAACGCGAAAGCCUGCUGAAUCCGCCAGCCCUAGGUACCCCGACAAAGGGUGGCGAUUUAGCAAGCAGCAUGUUAAAAGGUCGUGCGGCAGAUGGUUUAUUGAGCUUGAUGCGCCAUCAGAAUUAA